AUGUAUUCUGUCCUCGCUAGAUUCCGUCUCUUCAUUUCGGAAGCGGGUUUCUUACAGUUCACCCCCUUCAUUGCCUUGAACCGAGUCGGAGACGAAGUCUCGGUCGCAGGACCUAUGACGCUCUUCUUCGAUGCCUUCGAGGCCCGGAUCGGCAGCAUAAGCUUUCUGCUCGCCGGAGACAUGGCACACGGGGUGCGUCUCGAAAAUGGAAGCUUCACGGGAGUAAUGGGUCUGAUCCAAAAAGGACUAGUUGAUGUUUUCUUGGCGCCCUCGGUAAUGGUCGAGGAACGCAUCGAUUUGGCUGAAGCUGUCUUCCUCGGGGCGACUACGUAUCGAUUCCUGACAUGGCAGCCUUCAAAGGUCGAAGCAACAAUAGAUUCAUCACCUCUGAGACGACGUUCUCCUUGGCUCCGUCUGUGCCUUUCUGCUUUCAUGUUCGUGUUCCCGCUCGUUUUGAUGAAUUUGUUGAAUAGCAAGCUCAUAUCAAUAAUGACCGUGAGGACAGAUGAGGAUUUCAUCAACAAAUACGAGGAUGUUCUACGAUUUCCAAACGUCCGAAUCUACAGCGAGGCAGGGUCGACCCUGUCUCUGAUGUUCCAGGACCCGAAAACCGAAACCUUCCGCAAAUUGAGUUCAAGGUUGAUUCAAAGGCGAGGACUCUUCUCGCAUGGCCCGAAACUGAUGGCUAUGAUGUCCGAGGUGGCGGCUAAGCAACGAGUCAUCACUUGCACCCCCGAAAUUUGCCAGGGCUUGAUCAUGAAAGCCUGGAAGGAGAGGGGUAAAUGUCUCGAAGUCAUGACCUCACCCGAGAGUUCGGGGCCCCUGCUCGGAACCUUCUUUGUCUCGUAUAUGCUAUCCCGAUCUUUGCGAGGAGACAUCAGGUCCGCAAGUCUCGCCGUGCUGGGAGCUGGCUUGUAUCAGGAGCAGCUGAAGUUCAUAAUGUUCGCCGCUGAGAAGUGUGCGCGAGAAGAAACCGUGGCUAUGGAGCCUCUAGCGGUACGAGACGUCAAAGGCUCUUUCUUGCUUCUGGCGGUAGAAUUCCGGUUGUAUAGGGAUGGUCAUUCGAAGGGACACCUCUGUGAUGGAAUCGCCAUAACAUUCCUUUGUGGCGGCGAACACAGUGUGUUCCUUUUGUCCCAAGAUAUCAUGCUUACGGUGCAGGGGUCCAUCGACUGGUUGAACGAGGAGAAGGCAAAUCGCGUUAGAUCGAAACUCUGA